AUGAAACUCGUCACCAGGAUCGCGCUGCUCUUCACGGCAGCCGCGACGGCCGAGGUGGUGGUCAGCCGGGUAGUGGACGACUUCCCCUGGUCGAACCCGUUCGGCGAGCACGAGACGCCGCCGGGGUUCGAGGCGACGUGCACGGCGACGCGGACCUUCACGGCGCGGCAGCACCUGCUCAGCGAGCUGCAGAACGAGGAGCCGCUGGGCCUGCAGCCGUGGGCGAACGCGCUCAAGUACUUUUUCGGCGGGCGGCCGUUCCCGGGGAGCUGGGACGGCGUCGACGAGCACGGGCCCAAGCGCGACGUGGUGCUCAUGAACUUCACCGACAUGCCCGAGGCGGUCAAGAGGUGGUCGGAGGUGCAGCGCAGAGACAAGGAGAGCGACGGCAUGUGGCUGUUUGGCGUCUACCACAAGAACAAGCCGGGCAUCAAGAUCAAGGGCACCGCCACGCCCAGGCCCAGGCCUACCGCCAGCGUGGUGGCGGGUGGUGGUGAUGACGACGCGGGCGAGGGGGUGGACGCCGAGGCGGCGAGGCUGCCGCCGGACGAGGACCUGGUCGUCAUGUUCGCGGCCGGCGCCGUCUACCACACGCUGCCGCUGUGGGUGGCCGAGGGCAGCGGGUGCGAGGCCGAGCUGGCGGAUCUGGAGAGGUACGGGCCGGUGCUCAAGGACGGCGGCGUCACGGGCUGGGUGGUGGACCGGACGGUGCCGGACCUCGACUCCAACAGCCGGGAGAUCAAGUUCACGGUCAAGGCGCAGGUCCUCAAGGAGACCGAGGCCGGGAAGAAGGCACGCGUCGCGAGGGAGAAGGAGGAGGCCGAGGCUUCGGCAGCCGCUCUGGCUGCUUCGAGGUCCGCCGAGGCUGCCGAGGCUGCGGCGACCGAUGCCAAGGAUGAGUUGUAG